AGAAAAGGGAUUCUGAGAAUAACUUAGGUUUGCUGGUGAACUGUCAUGUUUGUAGUGCACAACUAGCUUCUAAGACAUUUGACCCUUUUUUUGAAGCAAAUACUUGUUAUCUAAGUUGCAGCUAAAUAGUACAAAUUAUAAAAUAGGUAGCACAAGCCAUAUAAAAACCCCUUUUUAUGAACUUACGUGUUAGAUUUACAUUUGAGAUCAGUGCAUGUGAAGGAUCUCCAUGUGCCAAGAGCUGGAACAUGUCAAACAACCACAUAGUACAUAUGUGUUAUCUUUGGUGUAACAAACAAAGAAACAAACAAAAUAGCAUAAAAUAAGACAAUUGAUGGCAUUCCUGAAUUUCAACGAAAGGAUAAUUCAUGAAAAUGCAAGGCUAGCUAGAAAUAGAUAACUCACAAAAUUCUAAUAUUAGAAUUAUUCAAGUGUGGUGGCUGAAAGCUCUGAAUUUGUUGGGUCAAGAAGAAAAAUGAGAAUCUGGGAUGAAUUAGUAGCUCAGUACAGAAUCAUUGCAACUUUUACUGCCCUUUUCACUCUGCUUAAACUAAACUAUAUUCUAUUAUUGCAGAUAGACUGGAACCUUGCUGUAAUAUGCCAUGCAUCCUCUUACUUGCCAAAACAGUUAUUUAAAGCUUUUGUCUUUUCUUUUCUACGUUUGUCCUCUUUUAAUUUGGCUGCCUGCCUCUUUACUCAUUAACAAAAAGGAUAAAUUUAUCAUCUAUGGUUGCUGAGAAGGCAGUAGGAAAGACAAGAUGAACCUGUUACCUACCACUCAAGGAUAACACAUGAACACUAGGGGAGUUGAAGGCAGUGAUUGGAUUCUCUGAGCCAGUGGAACCUGGCUAAGAAUGAGAUUCUAGGAUGAAUAGAUAUUUUGACCAGAAAAAACAAUUUUUUUACAUCCUUUUCCAUGUUGCUCCUACUAUCUCCUUGAGAAUUUGUGCUGCUGUUGCAAAUAGACUGACACCAAGCCAUUUGCAACAUUGCUCUUCAUUGGCUGAACACUUUAAUCUGGUAGGUUUCCAUUUUAAAAUGAAAAAGAAACUAAUGAAUUGAUUUUGUACAAGCCUACCAUUUUAAUCAUUAUAGGACAUGACAAAUUAAUUUUCCAUGGUUACCAGUUAGAAUUGUAAGGAAACCUUUGGUCUUACUACUAUUAUCUGUCAUUUUUGCAGGGUCUCAUAUUUGCAGCCCGUUUUAUGGUUUGCAUUUCUAUUUUCUAAUUUGCUUCGAAGGAAUAGGCUAUAUGUCUUUGUUCUUUAUCAUCUUAAUAGUACCUUGGAGUAGAUGGAAUAUUUUAUUUUUCAUUUUCUAGGAUAUCCUUUCAUUUGCCUUUUCAGGUGUUGCUAAUGAUGCUUGUUGCUGUAUACUUUUCUGUGGUAAAGGGCUAAACUUUAAAGUAAUAUUCUAUUGUUGCAAAACCAACAGUCCAUUGCCUUUAAAAGCAUGUGCACAGUUAAUUCUAGCCUUACUGAAACGUAUAUUCCUCUUUAGAUUUGCUGUAUGCUUGAAAAAAGUAACAAUCUUUAAAAACAUUUGCAUAGUUUAAUUCUACCCUUACCGAAAUGUAUAUUCCUCUUUAGAUUGGCUGUAUGCUUGAAAAGUAACAAUCUUUGUGAACUCUUUUGUCAUGGCUUUUUUCAUUUUUGUAUAAUAAUCUGGUCACCUGUUCAAGCUAAUGGAAUUUAUCUCCACUAUCUUUAUGUCAGUAAUAUAUCCAUUUUAGCUGGAGUUACUUUAAACUUUAGACAGUGUUCCCUGAGAGCAUACAGUUGUAUGUGAAAGGUAGUGAAUGUUGAUGGGAUACAUGCUUUAUAGUCAAAAUAAUGUUUGAAGGGGAUAGAGCAUCUCUAUUGGGAUUUAGCGUUUCUGCAUAUUAUGCUUAAAGGGAAUCAAAAUCAUUUUUAAUAUCUGUUCAACAUAUGGAAAAGUGCUUGCUUAUUAAGGUUUUCUAUUGUCUAUUAUAUAUUUUGGUGCAUGUGAGGACACACACUCAUGGAGAUACAAUUGAGUUGCAUUUCUUUCUCCAGAUCUCUGAUGCUCCCUUGCCAAGACCUGGUCAAAUGAUGCAAGUCCAAAAUGAUCAACCGGUACAAAAUACAUCAUAUUAUGAGGAUCUCCAAGAGGAGAAGAGAGCAGUGAUGAUAACAUGGUGCUUUGGUGGCAAGAGAGUAGCUAUUACUGGGUCAUGGGACAAUUGGAAGACCAGAGAACCCUUGCACUCUUUGGGUAAAGAUUUCAUUAUCAUGAAGAUGCUCCCAUCAGGUGUCUACCACUACCACUUCAUUGUUGAUGAGCUGAUUAGAUAUGCUCCAAACUUACCAUGGGAAUUUAAUGAGUCUGGAAGUGCUUAUAACGUUUUGGAUUUGCAGGAGUUUGUUCCAGAAGCUCCUGAAAGCCUCUCAGAGUUCGAAUCUCCUCCUUCCCCGAUAUCAAGCUAUGACAAUCAACCACUAAAUGAUGGUGAUUUCAGCAGACCUCCGCCCGAACUGCCUCCACAGCUCCAGACAACUUUAAUAGAUGAGCGAAGAUUCAUCAUUAGAAGUCGCAAGUCCUUGCCAAGGCCUUCUCAUACGAUGCUGAAUCAUCUUUAUGAGCAAGAUGGUGAUGAUGGUCAGUCUGUGGCUCUUUGCUCAACACAUCGAUUUCUUCAAAAAUAUGUGACUGUGGUACUAUACAAGUCCUUGCGUAGGUAAAUUAAAUCGUUAUAUCUUAAUAUAUAUUUUAAUACUGAUAUUGUUGACACGAUUAAAAGGAAAAUGUUAAAAGUAUACAGUAGGAUAAGAAAACAUUUAGCAUAGGAUAAGUAAGUUUAUAUGGCAUAUGAACAUGCUCUUCAGUUGCUAUGACUUUUGCACAUGGUGUUCACUUCUACUUCGAACCUUUCAAUGCCGAGUUUCCAAUUUUGUAUU